CACGGUAUGCAUGUUUGUGAGUGACAGUGGAGAACUUGUAAUAAAAGUAACUGCCAAAUGUAAUAUUUGCGUUUUAUUUUACACGGAAAAUAUGGACAGUUCACUGCAGGUUAUCGAGCCCCUGGAUUACCAUUCCUGUGACACUCCCAGGGGUUCGCUGUACUUCAACACAUCUUCGCUAACGAAAAAUCAGCAGAAGCAGUUGAAUACCUUCAAAAUCGAUACCAUCCGAAGCGAUGAGAUGUACCUGAAGUCUCACCCAGAAGUACGAGCGUUCUCUUCUUUGAUUCUUCAGUACGUGCUGAAGAAGAAGCCACGCAAAGAUAUUCACAACACCGUUUACGAGUUUUUCAAUAGGCCGCAAUGCGAUGUCCGGCAGGAUAUGGAGCUGUAUUUGGAAAGAUAUUGCGAACGGAAGGAGUGCAUUUUUGAAAGUGAAGAGAGCGAGCACUCUUCGAGUGUUUUGGUUGAGGAAGAGGAGCUAGUUAAUGAUGAGUCGACCACGGAGACAGUGGACACCGAGGAAUUUAUCAAAGGAAUACUGAAUACCGCGUUGGAUGAGCUACAUACAAAAACUUAUAGCACAGUCGAUGAAGUUUCAAAAAAAGGUAAUAUUAUGCAAUCAGCAGCCAACGAAUACAUGAUGAAUGCCAUUUCGGCUGUUUCCGUGGAGGCGGUUAGCGAGGAUAGAUUUCAUGCACCGAAAGUUAGUCAAUUCCUAGAUGAAAUUUUACUGAUGUAA